AUGGCUGGGAAAUUCGCCGUCAAAUCUCUAGACCACCUGGUUCUAACAGUCCGCAAUAUUCCCAAAACUGUGGCAUUCUAUACAACCUACCUCGGCAUGCGGCAUGAGAUCUUUACCUCACCAACUAACCAAUCCAUUCAGAGACAUGCCCUCAUCUUUGGCUCUCAAAAAAUAAAUCUCCACCAAUCGGGCAAGGAAUUCGAACCUAAGGCCCAGGAUGUUAUGCCAGGAAGUGCCGAUUUAUGCUUUUUGACAGAUGAGAAUGUGGAAAAGGUCUUGGAAGUAUUUCAAGAUGCAAGAGUUGAAAUUCUGGAAGGCGCUAAGGUUGUAGAAAGAACUGGGGCCGUUGGGAAGAUUCGCAGUGUAUACGUGAGAGAUCCUGAUGGAAAUCUUAUUGAAUUGUCGAACUAUGUUUGA